AUGUUCUCUCUUUCUCUCCAGUCGCUUUGCACAAACCUCCCAACGGUCGUCGCCAGUGUUACGAUAUUGGUCGCCGUUGUUCACCUGGCCCCCUACCUCCUAGGAUACGUGACUUACCAAGGACAUCUCUCGGAAGUCAUUUAUGAUCUGCAUAGGAAAUAUGGUCCCUUUGUCUGCAUAGCGCCCAAUCACAUUUCUGUGGCCCUGUUAGAUGCGCAGCCCUUGGUAUACGGGCAUGGAAAUGGGGCACUGAAGUCGUCGUUCUAUGAUGUGUUUGCGAGUACAUCCCGUGGAAUAUUUGACAUUCGCGAUCGCCAUGCGCAUACUCGCAAACGAAAGAUCAUCUCGCAUACUUUCUCGCAGAAGAGCGUACUAGAGUUUGAGCCGCAUGUACGCAGUUACGUCAGUCAACUGUUGGGACAGUGGGACAAAUUGUAUGACGAGGCUUUGAAAGGCAUGUCGGGUGAGGAAGGUGAAGGUUGGACUGGUCGCAACGGGAGGCUCUGGUUUGAGUGCUUGCCAUGGACAAACUAUCUCACGUUCGAUAUCAUCAGUGAUUUAGCGUUUGGUGCUCCAUUCGGGAUGAUCACGGCAGCCAAGGAUUUCGCUCUGGUGCCUAAAGAUCAACAUACUGUGAUGAGCUCUUACGGGAAAGUAGGAGCGAAGUACGCCACGAGGGAGAUCAAGGUUAUCAAGACUUUAAGUGGACUAUCACCUCUCACGGCGACGUUCGGACCUUUUCCUAAGUGGUGGAGGCCACUGCUCAAGCGAACUCCAUGGUUUUGGAAGGCCGGAAAAGAUUUUGAUGCCAUGAUUGGGAUGGGAAUUCUGGCAGUGUCGAAGAGGUUGGAAGUGCCGACGGAUAGGAAUGAUUUGCUUAGCAAGCUGCAAGCUGGAAAGGACGAAGACGGUAACCCGAUGAGUCGAGAAGAGCUCACCGCAGAAGCGUUGACUCUUCUCAUUGCGGGAUCUGACACCACCGCCAACUCUUCAUGUGCCAUCAUAAACUACCUCGCGCGCACCCCGAGUGUACAAGAGAAGCUCCAGAAAGAGCUGGACAAGCACCUGGGCUCUGGCAUCGCUACAGCCGAACAGGUGAAAAAUCUCCCCUACCUGCAGGCUGUCAUAGACGAGGGAUUACGACUGUUCUCAACGCUGGCUCUUGGGCUUCCCCGUGUAGCACCUGAGGGCGGGAUGACGAUUUUAGGAAACUACUUCCCUGCUGGCACGAUUGUCAGCGUCCCGACUUAUACAGUCCAUCGGGACCCAGCGGUGUUUGGGGACGAUGUCGAGGAGUUCAGACCUGAGAGAUGGUUUGAAGGUGACAGUGCCAGCAUGUCUAAGGCAUUUAAUCCAUUCUCUGUUGGCCCUCGGGCAUGCAUCGGGCGUAAUCUAGCGAAUCUCGAACUGCAGAUUAUUGUUGCGUCAGUUUUCAGGCGCUUCCAUUUCGUUUUGGAGAAUCCUGAUGAAAAGCUCCAAAUACAUGAGAGCGUUGUGAGGAAGCCAGGUUCUUGUCGUGUUGGUAUGAAGACGCGCGAAGUGUUAUAAUUCAUCAUGAAGAACUUUCGGCCAUUCCAUGUACAAGUACACUUGAAUUUAGUUCUGGAAACUAAAGCAGAGGGCUGCUAUCUUUCAUACAUGUUGCGAUAGAGAGCCUUUCGUUCCCGAAUAUUAGUGUUGCUUCUGAG